AUGGAAACUGGUGUUCCACAGUGUUCUCAGUGUCAGGGGAACGUAGAAUUCUAUUGCAGGACAUGUAAAAGAAAUCUUUGUGUUUUUUGUAAGGAAGACCAUGUGUUAGACCUCGAUACAAAAUACCACAAUGUGGUCAUUGAUCGUUUUAAGGACGUCGACCACAUAAUAUAUGAAUUAGGCAACUGUGAAAGGCACCGAGACCAGACGUUAAACAAAUGUUGUUUGUCAUGUGAACGUUUUAUCUGUGCCAGUUGUUGUGAUGACCACCAAAACCAUGACAUACUGGAUCGAGUUUCAUUUAAAAUAAUGUUCAGACAACUACACAUAGAAAGACUUGUUCAGAUCAGAACUGAAACAAUCCCAAACAAUCGAGUUAUUCUUGAAAAUAUAAAAUCGGAGGUUGAAACAGGUGUACAGUUUGAAUUAUCUGAUCUCCAACAAAGCAUGAUGAAAAGAGCUUGGAGACUAAAGAAUCUUGUUGAUGUAGUAUUGAAUGAUAUUAAUGAAUUAAAACGGUCAAUGAGAUCUAGAUUUCAAGAACCAAAAAAAAACAUUAUCAAAACAGAAACGUUUAUGUACAAAUUAGGACAGUUGUCAGACAAACCAGUGCAAUUCUUUCUAUAUCUAAAGAAAACCCCAAUUCCAAAAGUAAAUGAUUUUCCUGAUGCCUUCAAAUUCUCUCUGAAGAGUGAAAUCAACAUGGGAGAAAUUAUUAAGCUACUAUUGGAAAUCCAAAUCAUAGAGACAAAAGAGAGACAAGUUAGUAAUGAGCAGCUGCUGGAAAUGAUGCCUAAACCUGUGUUGAAGAACUCAUUUUCAGUGGUUUAUGUUAGUGAGGUUCGUCACAUCUCCUGUGUGACAACAGACAUGGUGUGGGUAAGUGAUCCGCGUGGAUUUAUCAUUUUGACAAAUACAAGAGGCGUUCCUUCAUGCUUUCUGUUAGAUAACAUGGAUACAGUCAACGAUACAGGAGGACACUGUGUGACUCGUGAGGGAAAUCUGGUUUUUAUAGACAAACAUCAUAACAUUAGCAAGUUGUCUACAAACAAGAUAAGAAAAAAUACACUUAUAAAGGUAAGAAACCCAUGGGUUGCAAAGUGUGUCUACAGCUCUUCGUCCAAUGGAGACCUAUUAGUUGGAAUAUUAAGAAGCGAGAAAGAAAAAAAUAAACCUACAAAGGCCAAGGUAGUAAGAUAUAACAGUGAAGGAAAGCCCAUUCAGGUCAUUGGAGACGAAAAUACGGAUCAGAGACUGUUUGAACACCCUUUAUACAUCACCGAAAACCAUAAUGGAGAUGUUAUUGUGUCUGACCAGAACCGUGCUGUAGUAGUGACAGACCGUGGAGGCAAGCAUCGUUUCUCUUACACAGGACCUCCACCAGAAGAACAAGAUGAGUUCUCCUUCACAGGACCUCUGUCAAGAUCUCGACUAUUACCAUUAGGAAUCUGCGUAGAUGCUCUGUCAAACAUUCUGGUGUCUGAUGCUAAUAGUAAAACAAUUCAAAUGAUUGACAAAGACGGUCACUUCUUAUCAGUGUUGUUUUCCGAACAAAGAUGGAAAAAAGCACCAAGAGCUCUUGGAUACAACAACAAAAACCACCUUCUCUGGGUUGGAACAAGCGAUCAUAAAGAAGAAAUAUCCAUAUACAGAUACAUACAGAGAAAGAAUAUGAAGAAGGUCGACGAACAUUAUUAG